CCAACACUUUGGUGGAAGUGGAAGCUUGGGGUUCACGACAUCCUCCUCUCUCACUCUCUCCAAAUGGUGCAGAGAAUUUAGCCCAAAUCCUCACAUUCCCUCCGUCUUUUAAAAAACGCCCAGCCGUAGCCGCCUGCAGACAGCUGAUGCUGCUAAACAAUCCGUUCUUCUUCUGAGAUAAUAGAGGGGGAUCACAAAAAAACAGGAGAAGAGGUUUAACGGGGUGCGGAGGAACUAACGCAUAGGGUGUUUUUCACUUUUUUUUCUCGUGUAAUAGGGUAUUCCGAAUAAGAGACAAACAUUGCUUGGUGUGGCUGCAUAGCAGAGAAGGCACACGAGGAGGAGACCCGGCGGGAUAUAAUGACUGAGAAAGAAUCGGCAACUGAAAACCUUAUAUCAGAUGCAAUGGCAACUCCUUCUCCUGCCAAAAGUAUGGGUGAGCCCGGGAUCACCCCGCUGUCUCCCUCACACAUCCAGCAGGAGGACACGGACCAGGUCCCCUCAGGCCCCUCCUUCGUGGUGGUGGUGGCCAUCGACUUCGGCACCACCUCCAGCGGCUACGCCUACGCCUUCACCAAGGAGCCGGAGUGCAUCCACACCAUGAGACGCUGGGAAGGUGGAGACCCCGGCGUAUCCAAUCAGAAGACCCCGACCACCAUCCUGCUGACGCCAGACAGGAAGUUCCACAGCUUCGGUUACGCGGCGCGCGACUUCUACCACGACCUCGACCCGUCCGAGUCCAAACAGUGGCUCUACCUGGAGAAGUUCAAGAUGAAGCUCCACACUACCGCGAAUCUGUCCACUGAGACAGACAUCCAGGCAGCCAAUGGGAAGAGGGUGAAGGCCCUGGACAUCUUUGCGUACGCCUUGGCCUUCUUCAAGGAGCAGGCUCUGAAGGAGCUGAGCGACCAGACAGGCGGAGACUUCGACAACAACGACGUGAGAUGGGUCAUCACAGUGCCUGCCAUCUGGAAGAUGCCCGCAAAGCAGUUCAUGAGGGAGGCAGCCUACAAGUCUGGCUUGGUCACCCGUGACAACCCAGAGCAGCUGAUCAUUGCCCUGGAACCUGAAGCAGCGUCUAUCUACUGCCGCAAGCUCCGCCUCCACCAGAUGAUUGACUUGGGCACUCGGACCACUCAGAACGGCCACAGCCCCACCGACAACGUAGGGGGACAGAUGACCCCAGCGAAGGAGCAUGGUCGGCGCAACCGGCAGAGCCGCACAUUUAUGGUGGAAAAUGUCAUAGGAGAGCUUUGGUCGGAGCUGGAGGAAGGUGAUCGCUACGUGGUGGUGGACUGCGGGGGCGGUACCGUUGACCUGACGGUGCACCAGAUCCGCCUCCCAGAGGGGCACCUGAAAGAGCUCUACAAGGCCUCAGGUGGUCCGUACGGCUCCAUCGGCAUCGACUAUGAGUUUGAGAAGCUGCUUUGCAAGAUCUUCGGCCAGGACUUCGUGGACCAGUUCAAGGUGAAGCGCCCGGCCGCCUGGGUCGACCUGAUGAUCGCCUUCGAGUCCCGGAAGCGUGCGGCGGCGCCGGACCGGACCAACCCGCUGAACAUCAACCUGCCCUUCUCCUUCAUCGACUACUACAAGAAGUUCAGAGGGCACAGCGUCGAACACGCGCUUCGCAAGAGCAAUGUGGACUUUGUGAAGUGGUCUUCCCAGGGCAUGUUGAGGAUGAACCCCGACGCCAUGAACGCCCUCUUCAAGCCCACCAUCGACCACAUCAUCCAGCAUCUCAAUGAGCUGUUUGAGCGGCCCGAGGUGAGCAACAUCAAGUUCCUCUUCCUGGUGGGGGGCUUCGCCGAGUCCCCGCUGCUGCAACAGGCGGUGCAGGUCAUGCUGCAGGGCCGCAGCCGCAUCAUCAUCCCGCACGACGUGGGGCUGACCAUCCUGAAGGGGGCGGUGCUGUUCGGCCUGGACCCCAGCAUCAUCAAGGUGCGCCGCUCGCCGCUCACCUACGGCGUGGGCGUGCUCAACCGCUUCGUGGAGGGCAAGCACCCGCCGGAGAAGCUGCUGGUGAAGGACGGCACGCGCUGGUGCACGGACGUGCUGGACACCUUCAUCGUGGCCGACCAGUCGGUGGCGCUGGGCGAGCUGGUGAAGCGCAGCUACACGCCGGCGCAGCCCGCGCAGCAGGUCAUCGUCAUCCACGUGUACUGCUCGGAGCGCGAGAACGCCGCCUUCAUCAGCGAGCCCGGCGUGCGCAAGUGCGGCACGCUGCGGCUGGACGUGAGCGGCACGGAGAGCGGCGCCGCCCGCCGGGAGAUCCAGACGCUCAUGCAGUUCGGGGACACGGAGAUCCGCGCCAUGGCGGUGGACGUGGCCACGCAGCGCACAGUGCGCGCCAGCAUUGACUUCCUCAGCCACUAGAGAGGCAGACGGGGGAGAGAGUGGGGAGCGGGCCAGUAUUUACU